AUGUCCACAGCAAAAGGUAAAGACCCUAUUCUUGACAAUUUGAUCUGGAGCGACAUCGAGUACAGACUGUUUGAAUUUGUUGAUCGCUUUCCGCUGCCACAAAUAGUCAAAGUGACAGAAGGUUACUAUGGGCCAACUGAAGAUUCUUGCAUCGGAGCCGAUCAGAUACUUACCCUACACUGUUUGAAAACAACAGAAAAGGUUUUAUCACGGGACAGGAAGAAAAGGGAACUGAACAUUCCACUGAACUGCUCUCAAAAGGUCGAGAUUCGCCCUGCUGAUUUUCGCGGCGUCUAUGAAACCGUGGAGGAAAUUAGUAGGAUUCCGGCGAGAUUUGUACGUGUGACUCAGGGUUACUAUGGUCUGGACGAGGAUUCAGUGUGUGUCAAUCCAGGGGACAAGCUGGAAGUUAUUCGUGUGGAACAUGGUCUUAAUGGAAAAGAAGACUGCGUUCUUUUCCACAAUGAAGAGCGUUCUCCAAUCCGAUUAUCUUUCAGCGUUUCAGCUGGCUUUCAGUCCUUACUCGACGGACGGGAGUAUUACCUGAAAGAACUGGUCGCGACAUCGCCUAAAUUGCCACUGUACUUUCAAUUUGUUGAUCCUCCAUGUAUAACUCGACGAUCAACGGAACAAGUGUUCAACAAUUCUCUUGGAGUUUUGUCACUGGAAAAGGUAUACCAAGAUUCCACUGUGAUCUGCACCACGAAAGAGGGGGAUGUUAGGACAGUGGUUAGUUGUCCAAAGCAUUUGCCAAUCACAAUUAAUGUAGCACGUGGAGCACUUUCAGAUGACAAGGAUUAUGUCCGCCUUUGCCGUGUUUUCCAUGAUGGUGUAAGUCUCGCAAAGAUUGAGAACAUGGAGAUUCAAAACAUAUAUGCAUCCAGAGACACCAUAAGAGAGUAUGAGUAUCUUGCAGAUGUUGUACCACCCCCGGUUCCUCCCCGUGACAGUUCCUCAGAGGAAAAAAGUACCAGUGAACCCCUAGCUUCUGACGAUAUUCAUGACUACACUUACAUUGAUGACUAUAAUCUACCACAGCCACCUGCUUCUGUAGCAAAAGAUGAUACCACACCAGUGCCGGUCAGUCAUUCCUUUCACGGGGAGACUGAUCUGAAUAAAAAACCCGAUGAAACAGGACCUAAUGACUAUGGUGGGGAUGGGGGUGAAGAUUGUUUAUACCUAGUGCCACCAGCGGCAAGUAAUGGAACAAUGGCGGAAAAUGAAGAACCUGUUGCUCCACCGCGAAAAACAAAAUUGGGGACUAGCAUGAGUUUGGAGCCUAGCACAAAACCAGCAACAGCUAAAAAGCCACCACCACCUUUGAAACCCAAGCCUGCUGUAAAAAGAACACAGUCUGUACCACAAGAGAGGGAAAAAGUCUAUAAAGUACCUGAUGACGUGUCACAGAUGACAGUGAGUGAGGUGUCACAAUUCUUGAGUCAUUUCCGCUUUGGAGAUUAUGUUGAGGUGUUUGCUGAAAAUGAGGUGGAUGGAAGUCUGCUUUCUAGUCUGGAUGAUGAAGAACUGAAGUCUCUUGGAUUGAAUGCUUUUCAGUGCAAGAAACUGAAAAAGCUGGUGAGUGGGUGGAGACCAAAAGAAUAA